AGCGCCGACGCUCAUCUUCCUCGCAGCGCCGCUCAGGCUCGGUCCCUUAGCGCAGAUCUUCUGCUCCUUCCCCCACUAGCGCUCAGGCUCGGUCCCAGGAUCGGAUCUUCCGCGCGUCGGCGGCUUCCCCUCGGCGGCGUCCAGCGACGGAGGGGCAGUCCCCGGCUCGGCGGCGGCGUCCAGCGACGGAGGGGCAGUCCCAGGCUCGGCGGCGGCGUCGGCGGCUCCCUGCACCUUCUCUCGCCAGUCGCCUCGCGCCCUCGCCUGCGUCCUCCGCGCACCGGCCGGCGACCCUGCGUACGCACCUCCCUCUCCCCUCCUCCGCCUCUGUUGUUCCCGUGGGAGCUCGGCCAGCUGCCCAGGGUGGCCGGGCCUUGGCUCCGCCGGUGGCUUACAUGUAAUUGCAGAGAUGAACGUAGUGGUGCCACCACAAUCUCCACAUCUUCGCCUAUAUGAAUUCGCCAAGAGUGCUCUCAUCAGAAUUUUUGCCUUUCCUUAUGCCACGGUAUGUGACCUGUAUUGCGACGGUGGAGUGGAUACAGACAAGUGGUGUGAUUGCCAGGUUGGCCACUACAUAGGCAUCGAUGCCUCUGCGUCCGGUGUCAAUGAUGCCCGUGAGCUAUGGGACAACAAGAGGAAACCUUUCACCGCUGAAUUCAUCGAGUUGGAUCCUACUGAUGAUGGUUUUGAAGCUCAAGUGCAGGAAAAGGGCAUCCAAGCAGAUAUGGUUUGCUGUAUGCAGCACUUGCAGUUAUGCUUUGAGAGUGAAGAACGGGCCAAGAAGCUUCUGAACAAUGUAUCAUCACUUCUCAAACCUGGAGGCUACUUUUUUGGCUUGACUCCAGAUUCAUCUACAAUAUGGACAAAGUAUCAAAAGAAUGUUGAGGCUUCACAUAAUAAGGGUCUGAAGGCUGUUCCAAAUAGCAUUCGCUCAGAGAACUAUACAAUUACCUUUGAAGUCGAGGAAGAAAAGUUUCCCGUUUUUGGAAAGAAGUACCAACUCAAAUUUGCGAGUGAUGCAGUGUUUGAAAAUCACUGCCUAGUUCACUUUCCCAGCCUUUUGAGAUUAGCAAGGGAAGCUGGACUUGAAUAUGUGGAGAUUCAGAAUUUAACCGAGUUUUAUGAUGAUAACAGAACACAAUUUGCUCCAAUGCUUGGUGGUUACAGUGCAAGUUUUUUGGAUGCUCGUGGGAAGCUUGUUGCUCGUUCCUACGACAUUUUAGGCUUGUAUUCAACAUUUGUAUUCCAGAAGCCUGAUCCAGAUGCAAUACCACCGAUUGUAUCUCCCGACUUGCAUGAUCCUGAUAAUGCUCAUGAAGAGCAAGAAUGGCUCCAGCCACAGCAGGCAUCAGUGGAAGAUGAGAGGCGCUUGCAUGCGGAUGUGCUUCCCAUAGACCCAGCGAAAGGCAUCCUGGGUCCUGGACCUGCAGACAUGAGGCUUUAGUUGCUGGAAAUUCAAAUGCAGCUGAACCUGGGUAGUGAUGUUUUUUCAUGUGCGGUGUUACCACUUUCCACUAAGGACAUUUUCCCAUAGCCCCAUGUGGCCAUGGGACCCAUAUGAGUUCAGAAAAAUAUCAAACAACAUUACAAGGCUAUGUAAUGUUCGUAGUUUUGAGGCUUGACCAGAUCUUGCCGUAAACGACAUGUUUUAUGACCAGAAUGAGUACCAUUUUUUAAUGUCCUAAAAUUAUUUCUGGCUGCAA